GACAAAAAUUAAUUAAAAAAAUAGAAAUAAAUAGAUAGAAAAGCUGCUUCUCCUUCCUUCCGACCGACUACCAGUGCAUUGUUUCCUCACAAUACAAAGAUCUUCCUCCGUAUUGAAUGCAAAUUACUCUUACAGCGAACUCUCUACCUUUCUCGAUACCUUCUCCCUACUGUCCCUUGUGUCUCUUCUUCUUCUUCUUCUUCUCCUUCACCAACGUUUCCUCACACAAGCCCACGUUUUUAAGUUCAGCUGUGCCAAAAAACCUUUGAUUUUUGGCCUUCGGCAUAGUAUGCUAUGCAAUUCUGAGACCAAUCUCUCUCUCUCUCUCUCUCUCUCUCUCUCUGACUUAUUUAUCUAAUCCAUGUGGUCUCAUUCUGUUAACCCUUCAAAAGCUUCAGCUGUUUCUUGUGUUCUUACACCCUUAUAACGUCUGGGGUUUCUAAUCUGCUCUCUGUUUCUGUUUCUGUUUCUAUGGAACUUCGUUUUCACAUUCAAGGGACAUUUAUUUUGUGGUGUCUUGAGACUUUUGACCAGAUUUCCAGCUCCCUUGGAUAUGAGAUUGAUAAAUUAAUUCGUUUUUUCGUGAAGUGUGGUUGUGAAAACUUCUAGGACUGGUGCUUCAAUAUGUCGCCUCAGCAGCAAAAUCUAUCAGAACUCCAGCAUUCUUUAGAGCAACAGAUGUGUUCCAAAGAUGGGCAAGAUAUAAGGGACAACACUACUAACCCAUUUUCCAUAAGGCAGUAUGUUUUUGAGGCUCGUCAAAAGGACAUCUAUAGUAAUUGGCCAUUUCCAGAUGAACAUUUGAAAGUCUGUUUGAAGAAUGGUGUUAGCAGAAUUCUCCCACCUUUUGAGCCUAGUUAUACAGUUAGGAAUUCAUCACAUAAAAAAGAUGUUGGUCAGAAUUGUGCAAAUAAGGAAGAUUCAGAUGUUGGCUUCAUUGAUAAGAAUUCCAAUCGGAUUGAUGGAAUAGAUGAAAAUCUUGAAGUUGCAGGUGAUGUGAUCAUGGACACAGCAAUUUCUGAAGUUUUAAAGAAAGUAAGCCAUUUAUGUCUUAAUUGUAAUAAACCCGAGCAUGGAGAAGCCAAAGGUCUGAGCUCUAAUGUUGGUGAACAUCCUUUGCUCCAAAUUGUUGUGGCACUGCCUUCCACCAAGGAAUUUAGAAAUAAAAGACAAAAACAUAAAGGGAGACCUAUGAAACAUAAAGGGAAACCUAAGAAACGGAAAUUGGCAGAUAUUUUGACUGAAGCGAGGCCUUGCACUUUGGAGGAUAUCAAUGGGCUCAAAGAAUCAAAUGGGGAAAUGGAUCCAAGUAGCACACCAUAUGGUUUUGUUCAUAAUUCAGUAGAAACAAAAAAUUUUGAAGAGGGAGGAAAAGAAAGCACGACUUAUUUUCAGCAUUAUUGCAGACCUAUACUCAAAGGGGGAAUCCAGAAGACAAAACACCCAGGAGAUGACAAUGCAGGCAAUGGCAGUUUGUUUGUAAAAAGGAGACGUGUACUGAAGUUCAAACUCAAUGGGAAUAAAUCUAAAUUAUCUAACAGAGUAAUUAUUCCUCCUGGAACAGUUGAAAGGGAAUGGGAUUCAAUAAAAAGUGAAAAUUUUGUUGAUGAAGGGAAGAAAAAGAACAAAGUUGAGUAUGAUUCUGAACCAAAGUCAGAUGAGGAGUUACACCCAAAAUAUCAUAGUGCAGGUGGUGGAACCUUGUCAGCAAAGAAGAAACUAAAAAUGAAGGUCAAUUUUAGGGGAUUUAAAGCUAAGUCACAAAAUACAUGCAUAUCUAAAUCAGAGAAUAGGAAAGAAGGUAUGCAGUUGAAUGAAAGCGGAUGCCAAAAAACGGGAGACUAGUUUUCAAAAGGUUGUCUGAGGUGGCAAGACUAUCAGCUGAUUGGUUGAGUGAUUCUCUGUGACAUGAAGAGUUAUCAACUUCUGGAAUUGAGUAGUGGGGCUUUUGUAAGGCCUGAGGUCCCAAAUUCAGGAACAGGAAGAGUAAUUUCUUUCUGAAUUUUUCAGUGGCACUGCCUCCAAAGAGCAUGAGGAUCGGUUCACUUCCCUGAGACAGACGUAACAUGACUUCAAGUCGUUCUUCUUUCUUUUCUUGUAACUGAAACCCUGUUUACUGUUAAAUAUAGGCUCUGAUUAUAUUGAUCAGUAAUCCUCCUUAUUCCGUCUUCUUUUUCUUGUUCAGAACUCAAAGCAAUGAAGUAUAAUGGAUUUCAUUUCUUUACUGAAA